UAGUCAAAGUGCUGGAAAUGGACUUUGUUGAAAGGACUAUUGAAGAAGACUCUAUGUCACAAGAAGAUUUACUGUUUCUGGCCAAAGUAAAAGAAGGCAUCAAACACAAACAAGAUGGCCACUUUGAAAUGCCACUACCAUUCAAAGAGGAAAGACCUGAAUUACCAAAUAACAGACUUUGUGCAGAACACAGGCUAAAGUGUUUGGAAAGACGUCUCAGGAAGGAUGAGCGCUACUUCAAAGACUAUGUAGCAUUUAUGCAAGACAUCAUACAGAGAAGCAAUGCUGAGAAAGUGCCAGAGGCUGAGCUAAGUAAUCAACCAGCAUGGUAUAUUCCUCAUCAUGGCAUUUACCAUCCGCAGAAGCCAAAUAAGAUACGCGUUGUCUUCGAUUGCUCGGCAAGGUUUCAGAAUACAUCAUUGAACGAGCAUCUCCUGUCAGGACCAGAUCUCACAAACACACUCGUAGGAGUUCUGUGUCGCUUCAGGAAAGGACAAGUAGCAAUCAUGUGCGACGUCGAGCGCAUGUUCCACCAAUUUCAUGUUGCCUCACAAGAUCAAGAUUACCUCAGAUUCCUAUGGUGGGAGGAUGGUAACAUGCAAAGGCCACCAUCAGUGUAUCGCAUGAGAGUCCACCUGUUUGGCGCAGCGUCCUCGCCUGGAUGUGCAAACUUUGGAUUGAAACAUCUAGCCGCCAAAGGUGAAACCAAGUUCAGCCAAGUCGUAGUGAAGUUCAUACAGCGCAACUUCUACGUGGACGAUGGUUUGGCAAGUGUCGACUCAGAACAAGAAGCUAUACAGCUUGUAAAAGAAGCAAGAGAACUUUGUGAUACAGGAAAGCUGCACCUGCACAAGUUCAUUAGCAACAGUAAAGAAGUACUUGAUACUAUUCCAAAGGAAGAAUGUGCAGCAGGUGCUACUGACCUGGAUCUUGCACUAGGAGAGCCGAAGAUGGAAAGGGCCUUAGGGGUCCAGUGGUGUGUAACAUCAGACACAUUUCGCUUCAGAGUUGUCAUAAAGAACAACCCCUUCACUAGAAGAGGAGUGCUCUCCACAGUGGCCUCAAUAUUUGAUCCACUUGGAUUCGUUGCCCCUUUCAUUCUCGUUGGCAAAAGAAUCCUCCAAAGAAUGUGUCAGGAUAAACUGGACUGGGACGAGCCACUUCCAGAAGAUCUCAAGCCUCAAUGGGAAGCUUGGCUCAGAGACCUCCAGAACCUGUCCACUAUCAAGAUACCACGUUGUUAUGUCCCAUCAACAUUCGACCAAGUACAACAGUAUGAGCUACACAGCUUUUCUGAUGCAAGUGUAUCUGGUUACGGCGUGUGCUCGUACCUAAGAACUGUGACAAAGUCUGGAGAAGUACAUUGCGCCCUUGUAAUGGGGAAAGCAAGAGUUGCUCCUACUAAAGUGACAACGAUUCCAAGAUUGGAGCUUUCAGCGGCGGUAGUAGCUGCAAGGACUGCUAGCUUUCUCAAAACAGAGUUAGAGAUCCAAGACAUUCAGCAAUACUACUGGACCGAUUCCAAAGUUGUCCUUGGUUACAUCAACAAUGACGCCAGACGAUUUCACGUAUUCGUUGCUAACAGAAUACAGCGCAUCAGAUCAAGUACCGAACCAAGUCAAUGGCAAUAUGUUGCCUCUGAACAAAAUCCCGCUGAUCAUGCAUCGCGUGGAGUCAUGACAAAGGAACUAGUGGAGUCCAACUGGUUCACAGGACCAAGUUUUCUGUGGGAAAAAGACAUUCCAAAAGAAGAUAUCAAAGUGAAAGAGAUUAGCAUUGAAGAUCCAGAGCUCAAGGUCACGCAAGUUUUCACAGUCCAAGCAAAAGAGCAGAAAUCCAUCUCAGAAAGACUCGAAAAGUUCUCUGAUUGGACAAGAGCUGUGAAAGCAAUUGCAAGAUUAAGAAGACGUGUAAAGUAUGUAAAGAACUCUAAAGAAAUGUCCAAUGAAAGUACUACACUGGAAGAAAGACAAGAAGCGGAGGAGUUCAUCAUACGCACAGUCCAACAAGAAGCAUUCAGUAAAGAAAUCAAGUCACUCAAGGAUAAGAAAGAAGUCAAAUCAUGCCACUCUAAACUGCACCAGCUAAGUCCAUUCCUUGACAAGCAAGAUAUCGUCAGGGUGGGAGGAAGACUAACAAAAGCGUCACUCCAUCCCAACAUCAAACAUCCAGCUAUCAUGCCAAAGGAGCAUCAUCUGUCACGUCUGCUCAUUAAACACUAUCAUGAGAAGAUACAUCAUCAGGGUCGAGGAAUGACCAUCAAUGAGAUACGUGCCAAUGGUAUUUGGAUAAUUGGUUGCAGUACAGAAGUGUCAUCAUUCAUAUACAAAUGUGUCAAAUGCAGAAAAUACAGGAAAUACAACCAAGAACAAAGGAUGGGCGACCUGCCAUCUGAAAGACUAGAAGCUACCCCUCCAUUCACAUACAGUGGUAUGGACUGCUUCGGACCAUUUUGUGUGAAGGAAGGGAGGAAAGAAGUGAAGAGAUAUGGACUCUUAUUUACAUGUAUGUGUUCGAGAGCUAUCCAUAUAGAAGUCUUGGAUGAUCUUAGCACAGACUGUUUUCUUAAUGCUCUUCGAUGCUUCAUUGCAAUUCGUGGAAAAGUCAGCCAGUUGAAUUGUGAUCAAGGCACUAAUUUUAUUGGUGCAAGAAAUGAGCUUCUAACACAAGAAACCAAAGAAAAGGUCAAAGAACUGGGAAUCAGUUUCAUAUUCAACCCACCUGCUUCAAGUCACAUGGGAGGAGUCUGGGAGAGACAGAUUCGAACAAUACGAAAUGUUCUCAGAUCCAUUCUCGACCAGUCAACUUCAAGAUUAGACACUUCAUCGUUGCGAACAUUCAUGUAUGAAGCUAUGGCGAUAGUGAAUAGCCGUCCACUAUCAGUCGAGUGCAUCAACGAUCCAGUCGGACCAGAGCCACUCACACCAAAUCAUAUUUUGACAAUGAAAUCAACAGUGAUAUCACCACCGCCCGGAGAAUUCGUCAAAGAAGAUCUCUACCUGCAGAAAAGAUGGAAAAGAGUGCAGUAUUUGGCGAACAUAUUUUGGACUAGAUGGAGAAAGGAAUAUCUGUUAAACCUGCAACAGAGAAGUAAGUGGAAUAAGAACAGAAGAAACACAAAAGUCAAUGACAUUGUUCUUCUACAAGAAGAUUGUGUUCCAAGAAACCAGUGGAAACUCGCCAAGGUCGUAGAAGUCACUCCAGGAGCUGACGACAGAGUCAGAAAGGUCAAGCUUCUCAUCAGUGACACUACUCGGGACAAUAAAGGAGCACGUUCAACUAAGACUGUUUUAGAAAGGCCAAUACAUAAGACUAUACUUUUGCUAGAAGCAGAGUAAGGACUUAUAAGUGUGUUUAUUUGCUAAAGUUCGUAAGUUCAUGUUGUGUUAACUUCUAUUUAGGAUCACACAUACAGUAGAAGUAGUGUGAUGGUGGGAGUGUAACAGCUGCUGAAGUAAAGUUAACUUCAUCGUUUUACCACUAGGAGGAGCUGUCGCAUUGGUAAUGCUAAAAGUAAUUUGCUUGGUGCGCAGUUAAUUUGUAUAAAUAUUGUUUUUAUUUUCCUAAUAUUGUAAAGUGCUUAUUAGGCCAAGGUAAUGCAUACUAGUGAUAAUAAUUGGGUUUAAACUAAUAUAAAAAUUGUAAAUGCUAAGUCAUGUGAGAGGGCACGGCCAGGUUACUUCCUGUUUUGUUGCUAAGCUAAAGAGAAGCAGCCGACACGGCAGACAAGGCUCCCGACCGAGUGUUAAAUAAAAGUAUAAAAGAAAAGAAAUAAGCAACUUCCCAAGUUCACACCGUUUGCUCACUUAGCAGGCCAAAGUGUUCUACGGUGUACUCUGUGAUGUUAAAGCCUCAAGAAAGUCACAGUAAAACAUCAGUAAAAGAAAAGAA